UAGGUCAUCUGUAAAACGAGACAUGGCUUCUUUCAUUAAUCAUCUUCAUGUAAACAAGAUCGGUGGAGCAUGAUUGUCAUUGAUGCACGGUGGCCAAACCGGACACGAUCAUCAGAAAUCGUAUAUACACUCGGGAAAGAAGUGUCUGGCUUCAGUAACUAAUAAGGAUUCAAAAAGACACGAUGAAAGAAUUGCUGAUGUUAGUGGCUUUAGCGUCCUCGGCAGCUGGAACCUGCCUGCUGAACAAGCGUCUCCGUGGCCAGUGGUGGGUUGAAGAUGCCAGCGGAGAUCGGAUUGAGAAGGAGUCUAUCACAGUUUCCCGCCAUAAUGUAGAAAUCGUGAGAGGAGGCCAGGCGAGGAAGUACUCGUGUUCUGACACCAAUGGUUACCUCGUCCAGCUAAAACCAAUCGGUGGCGAAGGUUACGUCUGUUUGGAGUUCGUGCCAUCAGACACAGGCUCACACGACGAAUACUACUUAAUACGAAGAGGACAUCAUACGACCGGAAGACUAUCCGUCAUACAGCCGACAGGUUUGAGUCAGUGCUCGAGGGCUGGUGAUCUGGGGACUCUGCAUCUCAGACGGACAGAUCCUGGAUGCAUCUUUCCGACUGAACUACGUGGGAGAUGGCCGUUUUCCGGAAACUUUAUCAAGGAUAUUUCUAUAGAAAAGAACACGUUGACCAUAGAAGCAUUUGAUUCCAAUGCGAUGACGUUCGGAUGCGAACGAUUCCAAAUGGAGGGAAACCAUACCUACAUGUUUGCCUUAAGGAAGGAGAAUGUAAGGAGAAACAAAGAUGGCUAUCUGUGUUUCCGGUUCAAAUUCAUACCGAGUGGUAAUAGCAAAGGACAUAUCCUAGCCGGGCAACGCUUCAGUGAUGGGACUCCAAUUAAGCUGAUAAAUCACGGAACACCUAUAUACCUUCACCAGACGUGCGAAUACGUGGACACUGGUAGCCCGGACACGUGGCAUGUGGCAUUUCCCAAUCGUGAAUGAUUGCCAUCACCAGAAAUCAUGUAACUCAUCCAUCAUCAUUGUUUAAUAAAUUGUAUACAUUAUCAAUAAAAUUAUUUCACCAACCAAAAU